AUGAAAAUAUACACAAAAACAGGAGACAAAGGAACCACAUCACUCUACUCUGGAGAACGAAGAGGAAAGGAUGAUCUCGUUUUUGAAGCAUUAGGAUCCGUGGAUGAAUUAAAUGCUCAUAUCGGACUCUCGAGAGAACAUUUACAAAAUUUACUUUGCAUCAUCAGGACGAAAUAUAACAAUUCGAACACCAACAACACCAACAACACCAACACUACUACAUGCGAAGAAGAAGAGUUUAUGGCCAUUCUACAAUCUUCCACUUGUUUUGAACAAUUCCCUGAACGAUUAGAAUCCAUUCAAAGUCGACUCUUAGACAUUGGCAGUUGUAUUGCAACACCCAUGGAAUCCACAUCCUCUCUCGAUAAACUCAAUCGUGUCAAAUUCAAUUCCGAGAAUAUCACUCUCCUCGAAGAAUGGAUUGAUCAAAUGGAUGAAUUACUGCCACCUCUCAAGAACUUCAUUUUGCCAAGUGGAGGUUUAACAUCAAGUCAAUUGCAUGUGGCGAGAACUGUGUGUCGGAGAGCGGAGAGAGAUUUGGUUCAUUUAGUGAAUCAUUCGCAGAGACAGGGAUUGGAAGAUGUUCAAAAGUAUUUGAACCGAUUGAGUGAUUUCUUAUUUGUGGCUGCUCGAUUUGCUGCAAAAAUUGAAGGAAAAGAAGAAGUGGUCUAUAAAAAGGAGUGA